CUCGCAUUAGGCGUAUUUCUGCUUGCGGCUAGCUGUCCCAACCUUCCCCAAUAACUAUGGUCUACUUCGACCCCAUCGGCGUCGACUGGCCUCUGCCCGUCCAGAAAGAGCACAUAAUCCUUCAGCUUUCCCCGGUAGCGAUGGCGAAGCACUUCAGCAGUCCUCAGCUGGACUCAGACUUUUCCGCAAUCUCGACAAGAAAAUACCAAGCGAUAUUCUCUCAUUUCCUCGAAGAACCAAGCGUCGAAAAGCCCUGGCACCUGUGCGAACUAUACAUCCUCCAUGAAAUCAGCCCAUCGAAAGUAUCACAAGAAGAAUACAACAAAAAACAUCGCCCCGCAGGGAACGGAGCUGUGCCGAGUAUUGCGGAUAAGGAGCUUGCUGAGGCCAUCAAAACCACCUUCCCACCCAGUUCUCUCAAGCCGACGUACCUGCUGCAGAGCGUUCACGCCCGCAUACGCACACGUCUCUGCGAACUUCCUCGAGCCGCACCAAAUCUCUUUAUGCAAGACAGCGAACAGUGGAGACAGCUAUAUCGCACGCUUUCGAGGGCUAGCGAGUACAGACCUGAUCACGCUUUCGCAUUCGAAUGCCGAAGGUGCUUUGUCAAGAGGACGGUAGACCCAGCGACGCAGCCGGUGAAAUCGUCAGAGGAGCAGCCAGCGCCAUGGCGCAAGGAAGAGCAGUCAGGCGUGUAUCUGCUGCCGCACUUCGAGUACUCUUUCGAUCUUGAUCAGCCAGUGUCGCUUGGCAGGUUCUGGGAGGAGGAACACGCAGAGAUUGUGUCACUGCUGAGGACCGUUGUGCCCAGCAUUCCAGAGCGAGGUAGGAUCCCGAUCACGUGGGCGUGUGUUCCGGAUGACGAAAGGGAAGAACGCGUACACUUCGUCGAGCAUCCCAGGAGCGAAAGCCCGAUGACAGAGCUCCGCAACCGGAUGUACAGGAGGCAGCCCGACAGCUUUGACCCGGAGCCUCGACCUUCCAUGCUAAGGCGGUUGAGCUCGAACUUCUCCCGUCUACUCGCCACCCGCGUGCCGAAACCCGCUCCGCCAGAGGUCGCCCCUUCAGCGACAGAGUACGUGGACAAAGUGGAUAAACCCUCGGACUCAAUUUAUGUUGAGGCUCCUGCGACCCCGCGAGAGAAGGGAGUCAAAGUCAUCGUUCCAGCGAGCAAGUCGGAACAGCGUCCUGAGAGUCGCAGCUCCCAGUCUCUGAUUUCUGGGCGGCAUAAACAGCUGCCUGAGUUCAUCGAUAGGCCUUUUAUCCCUUUCGCAGACUCAUACAAGGUUGAGAAGAAGGAGGAGAAGAGGGAAGGGACACGGGAGCAUUAUGAUCGUUAGGGUCUAUCUCGUUUCUUCGCGGCGACCCGACGAGCAGAUUCGCACGACUCUAUUGGUUGCAGACGUUCAGUCGUACGACCGCCUCAUUUUCACUGGGUAGCACAUAGUGACAUUCAAAUCCAGUCACCUUUGGACAUUUCGUAUCGUGGUUGAUAAUAAUGCUAAUACUUGUCCGGCUUGCGAUU